GAAAUAGAAGGGCCCUGCAGUAAGCCACGAGUCGGACAGGUCAAAACAGAAGAUAUCAUCGACACUUGAUUGUAAGAAUAUCGAAAGGGCGCAACAAAUUUCUAUAAACGUCGCCACACUCUAACUUUAUUCCUCAUUUAUUCUUCGAUAAGUGACCUCUGCCCCCUCUCUUCUAAAAUUUCGAAACCCUAAAAAAUCUUGUUCUCCGACUCGGAACAGUCUGCCUUCUCGCUGGAAAGAAAAGAAUGAGUAGCCGUUCGAGCAGGACUCUUUAUGUUGGAAAUCUUCCUGGUGAUGUGCGCGAGAGAGAAGUGGAAGAUUUGUUUUACAAGUAUGGUCCUAUAGCCCAUAUUGACCUGAAAAUUCCACCAAGGCCUCCAGGUUAUGCAUUUGUUGAGUUUGAAGAGGCUCGAGAUGCUGAAGAUGCUAUCCGUGGUCGUGAUGGCUAUGAUUUUGGAGGACAUCGUUUGCGGGUUGAACUUGCACAUGGUGGUCGUGGCCGUUCAUCCCUAGAUCGUCACAGCAGUCAUAGCAGUGGUCGUGGGCGUGGACCAUCCAGACGUUCUGAAUAUCGUGUCGUUGUCACUGGGUUGCCAUCUUCUGCUUCAUGGCAGGACCUGAAGGAUCACAUGCGUCGAGCUGGGGAUGUUUGUUUCUCCCAAGUUUUCCGUGAUGGUAGUGGGACAACUGGGAUUGUGGACUAUACCAACCAUGAUGAUAUGAAGUAUGCUAUCAAGAAACUUGAUGACUCGGAGUUUCGGAAUGCAUUUUCUCGGGCAUAUGUUAGGGUUAGGGAAUAUGAUUCCAAGCGGGACUCCUCUAGAAGCCCUAGUCGUGGUCGAUCUCUCUCAAGAAGCCGGAGCCGCAGUCGCAGUCAUGGUCGGAGCAAGAGCCGCAGCAAGUCUCCAAGAGCUAAACCUUUGCGCAAGUCACCUGCAAAGUCAAGAUCAAGGUCUCCUUCUCGUUCCCCAUUUGCAUCAAGGUCCCGCUCUUUGUCAAGAUCUCAAUCAAGAUCCAGGUCUCCUUUGCCUUCUCGUGAAAAAGGAAGGAGUAAGAGUCCCAAACAACACAGUGUUAGCAGGAGUCCAAGUGGGAGUAGAAGCAGGAGUAGGAGCAAGAGUUUAUCCAGGUCUUGAUCUCAUGCUCCUCAAUUGUUUUUCGUUGGUAAGAGACAAUUGCUGAGUUGAUUUGUGACCCAGAAGCUGAAGAGUCCUAUGAAUUUUAAGUUCCUAUUAAAUUACCAUGAGCAGUGGAAAACUUAUUAGAAGUAUACAAUCAUGCUGGAUUUCAUAUCUAAAUUUAGAACAUCUGGUGUGUGAUCUGUUAUUUAAACCAUUUUUAUAUACCUUUUGUUGGCACUUCAUUAGAAUUGAUUGUUGGUUUUUGUGAAUUUUGUUGGGAUAACAAGGAGGUAAAGGAGAAUAGCCUAAGAUUUUUAAUUCUGGAUGAACCUUAAUGGCAGCCAAUGGCACGUAACGGUUUUCAGUACAAUUUUUUGAGAUAGCAUGAGAAGUACCACCAAUAAAUAAAUUUAGUAGUUAAAAACGUUUA